AAAAAGAAAGACAAUGACCAUGCAACAUAUCUCACGCCUUGCAAAGACAGGAUUCUUUCGAUUCCAUUCAACCAAGACCCCAUGUCUACGGAACUCCAUUGGUUCGCAGCUUUUACGUCAGUCCUCAGUUCGUUUCCACUCUACAGAGGCAGCAGCACCCGAACAAUAUGAUGUUGUUAUUGUUGGUGGUGGAAUCGCAGGAAGUGCACUAGCCUGUGCCCUUGCAUCCGGAAAGGCCUCCAGCACACAGAAAAUUGCACUUAUCGAAGCGUUUGACCUCAGCAACCACAUUAAUUGGUCUCCUCGACCUGACCAGUACGCCAACCGCGUCUCUUCUCUCACACCCAAAUCCGUUGCAUUUCUCAAAAAGAUCGGUGUCUGGUCCGAGCUGGACCUGUCACGUAUAGCUGCUUGUGAGGGCAUGCAGGUUUGGGACGGAGUAAGCGGCGCCAGGAUCGUGUUUGAUGCUUCGGAUGUCAGUGGUGCCCGCUCUAGUUUUUUACAUCAAGUAUUUUCAGGACCAACUACGAUCAUCAACCAAGGCAAUGAUGAUGAUAUAUUGAGAGCGACUGUUGAUGAAGAGGGGUCAUCAUCAUCGCCAUUGGCAUAUAUGACGGAAAAUAUUCAUGUACAGUACGGAUUACAGAAGCAAAUUUUGGCACAUCAGGCUCGUGGAAUUAAUAUAGAUAUAUUUGAACGAACCAAGGUUCAAGGAAUCACUGUUGAUCAAGUUGAUGAGCACUCAAAGCCACCAGAGACAGCAGGAACAGCUAUGGAUAUUUCUGAUUGGCCGAUUGUUCAACUCGAUAAUGGCAGGAAGCUACAGACAAGAUUGCUAAUUGGCGCUGAUGGUGUUAAUUCCCCUGUACGAUCAUUUGCCAAAAUUGAAUCCAUUGGUUGGGACUACUCUCAAUUUGGACUUGUUGCGACUCUUCAGAUCGACCCCACAACAUCCACCGCACCAAGGCAAGGGAAAGGCAUUGCAUGGCAGAGAUUUUUACCGACAGGUCCUAUCGCUAUGUUGCCACUUAACAAUGGGCUCGCGAGUUUAGUCUGGUCUACUACACCCAAGCUCGCACAGGAUUUUAAGAAGCUGCCUGCUCGUGAUUUCUGCCUGCUUGUAAACGCAGCCUUUAAUGCAACCCCAGCAGAGCUUGAGUAUUUAUAUAAUAACAUUGGACCAGAUGGUCAACCUUUAGUCGAUUUCAAGCAAGAGAUCGAAUGGCGCGCCAGCGUACAGGAGAUGGAGGCAUCUCAGAGCCUAGUUCGUGAUAACAUGGGACGGGACGCUAAACCACCAAAGGUUUUGGAUGUGCAGGAAAACACCAGGGCCCCAUUCCCUCUUCGGAUGCGUAAUUCGACAAGCUAUGUCGAGGAUCGCGUAGUUCUUGUGGGAGAUGCUGCACACACGGUCCAUCCUUUGGCUGGCCAGGGUCUUAACCAAGGCCUAGCAGAUGUAGAGUGCCUUGCACGCGUCAUCGAACAAAGCCUUUUAAGUGGUUCAGAUAUUGGCAACAUUCACUCGCUUACACCUUACUCCAGCGAGCGUUUCCUUCCAAACCUGGCUAUGCUUGGUACUGUUGACAAGCUCUCAAAAUUGUACAAUACGGAUUUUGGUCCUGUUGUCUGGGCUCGUUCUCUUGGUCUCACAGCGGUAGAUAAUAUGGGCCCUAUCAAGAGUGAGAUAAUGAAGUUUGCUAUGGGUCUCGAAGAUAACUCACCAUCCUCAAGGUCUUAAAAAACUAUGCUCACAACAUGGGAAACAUAAAAAAGAAUUCUACUUUUUCGUUGUAGAUACUCUUUAAUUACUAGCAAAUAUUAUUAUAUUCAAAAGCUUUAUUCGCCAAUGCUUGCUAAGCAAUCUUAUGUAAACAUGUAUAUACAUUUGGAGCAGGGUAUAAUUACAUGGGAAGACAU